GGAGAAGACACAGCUACAGACGUAUAUUAGAGUUGAAGUAGGGAGUAGAAGUUGCUGUAUUUGAGCACAAGUGUGUUAAGAUGUCAGAGGGAGUUUAUGAAAACUCAGAUGGAUUUGAAGACAACAACCCUGAUGCAAUAAAGAACACAGACAUUGAUGACCAAUUAUAUGGCAACGUAGGAGCCUUCAAACCCAGUCGAAGUGAUGGAGGUGUUGCUUCAGUACAUGUUCAGUGGUGGAAGAGACCCUCUGGAGUUGCUGCAGUGUGUCUGGGGCUGCUGUGUGUUCUCCUACUGGCUGGGAUCAUAGGCCUGUCUGUCUACUAUGGAGUCGCUUUUCAUCACGACUCAACAGAGAGAGAACAGCUACAGGACAGUUACAACAACCUGACUAAAGAGAGAGACCUGCAACGGACCAGUUACAACACACUGAUUAAAGAGAGAGACCUGCAACGGACCAGUUACAACACACUGAUUAAAGAGAGAGACCUGCAACGGACCAGUUACAACACACUGAUUAAAGAGAGAGACCUGCAACGGACCAGUUACAACACACUGACUAAAGAGAGAGACCUGCAACGGACCAGUUACAACACACUGACUAAAGAAAGAGACCAGCUACAGACUGAGAUAGUUUUUCUUAAUGGGAGGCUUAGCAAUCUCAAACAAAACUGUCCUGCUGGCUGGCAGAAGUUUGAACCCAGUUGGUACUUCCUGUCUAAUGAUGCUAAAACCUGGAAUGAGAGCAGAGAGGACUGUCUGGAGAGAGGAGCAGACCUGGUGAUCAUAAACAGUGAUAAGGAACAGGAGUUUCUCUUCAACCUAAACAAGAGAGUCUGGAUUGGUCUGACUGACUCUGUUACUGAGGGGACCUGGAGAUGGGUGGACGGCACCCCACUGACCAACCCAAGGUACUGGCAUAAACCACAGCCUGAUAAUGGUGCUGGCAGACUAGACUAUGGUGAGGAGGACUGUGUUGAGAUACGUAAAGAUCAGCGUCCUCUGGAGGCAUGGAAUGACUUGUCAUGUGACAGGAAAAUCUACUGGGUUUGUGAGAAAGUGGUUUAACAUCACCAUGACAACAUACUGUCACACAUACAGCAGCACACAGUGCACGAAACUUCCUCCUUCAUUCUCUCGCUCUCUCUGUGUGUCUCUCUCUCUCUCGCUCUCUCUGUCUCGCUCUCUCUGUAGCUCUCUCUCUCACAGACAUUCUCUCUCUGUCUCAAACCCACACACACAACCUCACACACACAUGCACACACACUGCAUGCAAACGCAUCUAUUGUUGUGUUUAUUUGUAGUAUUAUAUUAAUAAAAGGCCUACUUAUUUCCUGUUUGUAACUUCCUGUGUUUUAUACCUCAUCAGGUUCAACAUGAAGUCAGUACAUUUGACUUUUCUAAUUCAAAUAUAUUCUACAGAUAUUUACAUGCUCCAAUUUAGGCCUGGUGAUGACAUUCUCAACAGUACCAAACCACCAUUACAUACACUGUAUAGGAGGUGACUGUAUCACCAAUCAAUGAGUGUAGUAGAGAUAUCAAAGAAUGUUACUUAAUCAAAUUUGACAGUCAGUCUUUGUUGUCAAUUUACAUAUGAGCACAAUAUCAAAUGCUCAUAUUUGACUGUUGUUCUCCUAUAUGGGUCCCAAAAGAGUGAAGUGUAGUGGAUAUUUUCAGUGGUUCAACUAGCUGUCACUCAAAAACUCCUCAACCAAUCAGGUUCAUUUAGAGAAAGGGCGGCAGGUAGCCUAGCGGUUAAGAUCGUUGGGCCAGGAACCGAAAGGUUGUUGGUUCGAAUUCCUGAGACGACUAUUUGAAAAAUCUGUAGAUGUGCCCUUGAGCAAGGCACUUAACCCUAAUUGCUCCUGUAAGUCGCUCUGGAUAAGAGCGUCUUCUAAAUGACUAAACUGUAAAAUCAGAGAGUUACACCCGGUAACCAAAGAAGUGCUGCCAUCAGAGAAGGAGGAACUCGGUCCACAAGGAGAUGCCAAAUCGGAGACCUUUGACACAUAAUUACAUCAUUAUAUUCUGACCCAUGAGAGUGGCAGUUCGGGGCAAGGUUAGGGCUAAACUAAGCAUAGUUUACAAAUGUACCCCAGUGUGCUUUUCACUUGUGCUCUCUCACUUUCUCACUCUUUUUAGAUCCCCAUUUUGUAUAACAUGUGUCAUAUUGUGUUGGCCAGCUAGGGACAUAUUUCAUUAAACUACGUUCUAAUCAAUAGACUGUGUGUUUGUGUAUCUUAUAUUAUCAUUUUAGCUUGUUACUAAAUAAAUAUUCAACUAAA